UAGUUGGUGAGGCUAAGUGAUGUUCUUAUGUUCUUGGACACACUUGAAGGAGGAAGAAAGGAAGAGCUUGGAGUUAGAGCACGACAGGAGGCACGAAGGGUACAAUGGAUCCAUUGACGUUCUUCCAAUGGUUAUGCUGCGGGUGGACUUGCGUGAGAGAAUGUUGUGCUUGUUGUGGAUGUCUAGAUCCAAACCCAGGUGACGCCGGUGAUCGUAAUGGUUCACAAAAUAUAUCGAUAAAUAAUAUAUGCAACAACUGCUGGAGACAUUGCAAUAUGUGCUUCUACGGAGCAUGUAGGUGCUGUAAUUGCUGUGGAGAUCAAAGAACCGAUCAAUCUCAUUCUAGAGUUGAGAAAAACAACGACAAAUCUCUUCAAGCUAAUAACAAUGGAGCUCAACCGAAUGAAAUCAUCCCAGUUCAAGGCAAUGGUAUAAAUCCGGAGAUAAUCGGGGAUAACAACGAACUUGAAUUGAAUGUAGUUCAUAUGCAUUCUUCAAAAUCUCACUUAGAUCUUCCUUCCCUUGACCUCAAAAGUGGCAAUCAAAAUGAUCUAAAUUUCAAUCCAAAAAUAUUAGGUUCGGGAAAUAAAAUUAAAGUCAAUGUUGCUAGAAUGUAUCCGUGGAAAUCUUUUCCAGAAUCACGCUCACUAAGAAAUUAUGGAGCAAAUUGUUAGAAGAUUGCAAGAACAAAACCGGAAAACAACACAAGAACAAUUACCUGUAUUACCUGUAUUACCUGUAUUACCUAUA